CUGUUCCCACACCCCAGCCCUGGGCCCCGCUGCAAAGCAGACCUGUGGGAGGGCGUGUGAUUCCCUCGCCCCGGCCUUGGGCCUGAGCCUCGGACUUUCCCAUGAGUGGCAAAUUCCCCGCCGCAUGGAUUCGAGUCCCUUCUGCCUGGGACACUUCUAAGGAGGAGGUGGACAUGUCUUCACUGACUCCCACUGACAGCUCUGACGAGGGGGGCAGACAACGGGAUAACAGAAAGGGGUGGGAGGAUGCGGUGGGCUUCCAGGCCAUGCCUGCCCUUGACACCCCCCCUCACCCCCCCUACCCCCGCCCAGUCGUUCAAGCCUGAGGAGAGGGGUGUGGAAGUGGAGAUACGCCAUGGGUUAACUGGGCUUUGAGAAACUCGGGAGUUGGGGAGAGAGCCCUAGAAGAGUUCUGGGGUGUGGGGGAGGUUCAUCUGCUCUCCCUGCUCUGUUUAUGCUCACAGAAGCCGAAAUGACCUUCUAUACCCUACUCGCUGGGGGCCUUCCGGACCUCCGGCUCUGCGCCCCAGAGCCGUGGGCUCCAUCCCUGCUCGGCCUGCCCUGGGCGCUGCCCUGGCCCCAUCCUAGGCUCCAGUUGCUGCUGCUGCUGUUGCUGCUCUUGCUCCUGCCGCCUUCCGCCCUCUCCACGGUAUUCACAGUGGGGGUGCUGGGCCCCUGGACCUGCGACCCCAUCUUCGCCCGUGCCCGCCCGGACCUGGCCGCCCGGAUGGCCGCCGCCCGCCUGAACCACGACCCAGCCAUGGAAGGUGGCCCCCGCUUCGAGGUCGCGCUGCUGCCGGAGCCUUGCGGGACGCCCGGCUCGCUGAAGGCGGUGUCCUCCGCGGUGGCCCGCGUCUCGGGUCUCGUGGGUCCAGUGAACCCUGCAGCCUGCCGGCCCGCGGAGCUACUAGCUCAAGAGGCGGGGGUCGCGCUGGUGCCCUGGGGCUGCCCGGGGACGCGGGUGGAGGGCACGACGGCCCCCGCCGUGACUCCCUCAGCUGAUGCCCUCUACGCCCUCCUUCGCGCGUUCCGUUGGGCACGCGUGGCCCUGGUCACCGCCCCCCAGGAUCUUUGGGUAGAGGCGGGACGCUCACUAGCCACGGCACUCAGGGCCCGUGGUCUGCCUGUUGCCCUGGUGACCGCCAUGGAACCUUCUGACCUGUCUGGAGCCCGGGAGGCCCUGAGAAGGGUCCAGGACGGGCCCAGAGUCAGAGCAGUGAUCAUGGUGAUGCACUCUGUGCUGCUGGGCGGCGAGGAGCAGCGCUGCCUACUGGAGGCUGCAGAGGAGCUGGGCCUGGCAGAUGGUUCCCUGGUCUUCCUGCCUUUUGACACACUCCACUACGCCUUGUCCCCAGGCCCAGAGGCCUUGGCCUUGCUGGCCAACAACUCACAGCUUCGGAGGGCCCACGAUGCGGUGCUCACCCUCACGCGCCACUGUCCCUCUGGAGGCAGCGUGCUGGACAGCCUGCGCAGAGCCCAAGAACACCAGGAGCUGCCCCCUGACCUUAAUCUGCAGCAGGUAUCCCCACUCUUCGGCACCAUCUACGAUGCGGUCUUCUUGUUGGCGGGGGGCGUGGCGAGAGCUCGGGCUGCUGUAGGUGGCAGCUGGGUGUCUGGAGCAGCAGUGACCAGCCACCUCCAGGAUGCCCGGGUCCCUGGCUUCUGCCAGGCCCUGGGAGGAGCCGAGGAGGCCCCGUUUGUGCUGCUAGACACAGAUGAGGCGGGGGACCGGCUGUUCGCCACAUACAUGCUGGACCCCACACAGGGUUCCCUCCGCUCCGCUGGGACCCCGGUGCAUUUCCCUAGAGGGGGACAGGGGCCUGGGCCUGACCCUUCUUGUUGGUUCGACCCAGACAUCAUCUGCAACGGAGGUGAGGGCAAACACCCUAGCCCCCACUGGGACAUCGGGGUUCCCGAGGCCCUCCGUGUGCCCACACCCUCUUUCCCGACCCCAGACCAGCUAUGGACAGCCCCGGAGCUGCUUCGGGACCCAGCCCUGGAGCGCCGGGGAACGCUGGCAGGCGAUGUUUUCAGCCUGGGCAUCAUCAUGCAGGAGGUCGUGUGCCGCAGCGCCCCCUACGCAAUGCUGGAGCUGACGCCGGAGGAAGUGGUGCAGAGGGUGCAGAGCCCCCCUCCGCUGUGUCGGCCCUUGGUUUCCAUGGACCAGGCACCUAUGGAGUGCAUCCAGCUGAUGAAACAGUGCUGGGCAGAGCAGCCGGACCUUCGGCCCUCCAUGGACCGCACCUUCGACCUGUUCAAGAGGAUCAACAAGGGCCGGAAGACCAAUAUCAUCGACUCAAUGCUGCGGAUGCUAGAGCAGUACUCCAGUAACCUGGAAGACCUUAUCCGCGAGCGCACAGAGGAGCUGGAGCUGGAAAAGCAGAAGACAGACCGCCUGCUCACACAGAUGCUGCCUCCGUCUGUGGCUGAGGCUCUGAAGAUGGGGACACCUGUGGAGCCCGAGUAUUUUGAGGAGGUGACACUGUACUUCAGCGACAUUGUGGGCUUCACCACCAUCUCAGCCAUGAGUGACCCCAUAGAAGUAGUGGACCUGCUCAAUGACCUUUACACGCUCUUUGAUGCCAUCAUCGGCUCCCAUGAUGUCUACAAGGUGGAGACAAUUGGGGACGCCUAUAUGGUGGCCUCUGGGCUGCCUCAGCGGAAUGGGCAGCGGCACGCAGCGGAGAUCGCUAACAUGGCACUGGACAUCCUCAGCGCUGUGGGCUCCUUCCGCAUGCGCCACAUGCCUGAGGUGCCUGUUCGCAUCCGCAUUGGCCUGCACUCAGGCCCGUGCGUGGCGGGCGUGGUGGGCCUCACCAUGCCGCGGUAUUGCCUGUUUGGGGACACGGUCAACACCGCCUCACGCAUGGAAUCCACAGGGCUGCCUUACCGCAUCCAUGUGAACGUGAGCACCGUACGGAUCCUCCGCGCUCUAGAUGAGGGCUUCCAGACUGAGGUGCGAGGCCGCACGGAGCUGAAGGGCAAGGGCACAGAGGAAACGUUCUGGCUGGUGGGCAGACGGGGCUUCAACAAACCCAUCCCCAAACCGCCUGACCUGCAACCGGGGGCCAGCAACCACGGCAUCAACCUGCAGGAGAUCCCCCUCGAGCGGCGCCGAAAGCUGGAGAAGGCGAGGCCCGGCCAGUUCUCCGGGAAGUGAGGCCCGGCUGAGACAGGUGC